UAAAGUCAUCAUCAUCAACAUCAUCAUCAUCACAGUGGAAGAGGUUGUUUCCUCCUCUCAUCCCUCACUCACUCGACAGUCGACACACACACACUGUCAAUGAGGUGAAGCAUAGCAUAGCUUUGCUUAACUCAAUUUCAAACAUUAUCACUACCCUUUUUGUCAUUACCCUAUUUUCUUUUCUUCUCUUAUCAGUGUUCCUGUGCUAUCACUACGCACCACAACCACAGAAUAAUAUGGAAAUCAGUGGCACCCACAAUGGGAGUAGCAUGAUGUGGUUCUUCAAGGAUCGAGGGUUUGAUGAUAACAGCAUACAUGGAAUUUUCAGAAAGUGCAAACGCCUAGAGAGUGUUCACAAAGAGAGAGCAAAUGAGAAUUGGGAAUACUUGAGAACCAUUGGAAUUCAAGAGAGGAAGAUUCCUUCCAUUGUUUCGAAAUGCCCCAAGAUCCUGGCCCUCGACCUCAACGAGAAGAUUGUCCCCAUGGUUGAGUGUCUCAGGACACUAGGAACAAAACCCCAUGAAGUCACCUCUGCCAUUGCCAAGUUCCCUCACAUACUCUCGCACAGCGUCGAAGAGAAGCUCUGUCCCCUCUUGGCAUUCUUUCAGGCAUUAGGCAUACCCGAGAAGCAAAUUGGGAAAGUGAUACUGAUCAAUCCUCGGCUUAUCAGCUACAGCAUUGAAACAAAGUUGAAAGAGAUUGUGGACUUCCUUGCUAGCCUUGGUCUUGAUAAAGAUGGAAUGAUUGGAAAAGUCAUAAUGAAGUUCCCGUUUAUAAUGGGUUAUAGUGUUAACAAGAGGCUCCGGCCGACUUCAGAGUUUCUGAGGUCGAUAGGCCUAAGUGAGUUAGAUCUUCAGGCUGUAGCUAUGAACUUCCCUGCAAUCUUAAGUAGAGAUGCAAAAAAGGCUUUGGUGCCCAAUUAUGAUUUCUUAAAGAAAUGUGGAUUUCAAGACCCACAAAUAUCUGCUUUGGUUGUUGGUUUUCCUCCUAUCUUGAUCAAGAGCAUACAGAAUUCUUUAGAGCCAAGGAUUAGGUUUUUAGUGGACGUGAUGGGGAGACAAGUCGAUGAAGUCAUUGAUUAUCCUUGCUUCUUUCGUCAUGGCCUCAAAAGAAGGUUAGAGUCGCGGCACAAACUUCUAAAGCAGCGGAACCUAGAUUGUAGCUUGAGUGAAAUGCUGGCCUAUAAUCAGAAGAAGUUCAACAUGAAGUUUGGCUUGUUAAAAUUGAGUAACUAA